AUGGAUGGCUUCGACGACCUGCUGUCCCGCUCACAGAACGUGUUAGACAACCCAUUCGAAAAUCCCUUUUCCAAACAACGUUCCAGCUCGCCGGACCCAUGGGCGAGCUACGGUCAGCCAUCUGCAUUCCAAGAGGACGUGCAGCCGGCCUUCCUCGGGGCGCGCAGCACCACGCCGACUCUUGACAUUCAGCCAUUUGGCGAGUCGGCCGGAUUCGAGUACAGCGCGCCCGAGCCGGAGCCCACCCAUGUUUCUGAUCAAAUCGCUGUUGCGGAGGCCAAGACGGAGGUCCAACCAGAGCCAGAGCAUGAGGUGGCUGAACCCACUUCACCGGUCUCACCAGGCUUCCGUGUAAGCAUCGCCGAGGAGGAACCGCAGCCAGCAGACUUCCAGCCAGAGGCGACACCAUCGCCCAUUACGCCUCAGUCGCCCACGUCGCCCGUGUAUCCAGCGACCGCACCAGCGACUUCAGGCAAAUUUGCGCCUUUCCCGGGACAUGCGUCUCGCCCGUCAAACGCAUCUAACUCGUCCUCGUUGCAGCCCGUAUAUAAAGCCGAGCCGGCGUUCCACUCUCCUCUUGAUCCACCGGCCACAGCAGGCAUUGAGCGGUCGAUUGCGGGCCUGUCCAUCGGCGGGGAGACCUUCAAUGGAUGGCAAGGCUCGCAGAGCGCGUUCGUUGGGGUACCCCAGUCGGCAGGCGUGACGCGCAGCAGGAAUGAUUCCGAUUCUUCGGAUGACGACCGGCCAAUAUUGCAGUCUGCAAAACUGUCGGCGAAUCGUUUGCCACAAGUGGUUCGUCCAGCAUCGGCUCCGCGCACUGAAACUGGCUUGCAGCCCGUCUUCAUGAUCACGGUCGAUGACCCACAAAAGGUAGGAGAUCCUAUCCGGGCAUAUACCAUGUAUACCGUGCACACCAAGACAACAUCCCCGCUGUACAGCAAAUCCUCCUUCUCCGUUCUUAGGCGCUACUCCGACUUUCUGUGGCUAUAUGAGACACUGUCCCAGAACAACCCGGGGGUUGUUGUUCCACCUGUACCGGAGAAGAAUCCGUACAGGCGGUUUGACGAAAACUUUGUGCAGCAGCGCCGCUUCGCGUUGGAGAAGUGCAUCCAGAAGAUUGCAAACCAUCCUGUGCUUCAGAAAGACUCGGAUUUGAAAAUGUUCCUGGAGAGCGACAGCUUUGCCCUAGACAUCAAGCAGCGUAAGGCCGAGCUUGCACACGAGAAGGGCGGGUUGAUGGCCACGAUAGGACAUUCACUUGCUGGCCCAAGGUAUUACGAGACAGAUGAGUGGUUUGAUAGACAAAAGGCAUACCUGGACAGUUUGGAGUCGCAGCUGCGUGGUUUGGUUAAGUCUAUUGACCUUGUAGCGAAACACCGGUCCGAACUAUCAGCGGCGACGGGAGAAUUUGCGCAGGUACUGACGGAGUUGUCCGCGUCAGACUUGGGCGACCAGCUCUCAGGUUUGUUCUCUGGCCUUGCUGAGGUAGAGAGGAAGGCGCAAGAGCUACAAAGUACGCAGUCACGCGAGGACGUGGUCACCAUUAUGGGGACAGUGGACGAGUAUUCCCGGCUGAUUAGUUCUGUUCGACUCGCGUUCAGUUCUCGCAUACGAACAUACCACAAUUGGCAAUCUGCAGACGGUCAUGUACGACGCGUGAAGCAGACUCAUGAGACAAAUCGGGCGCAAGGGCGUAUACCGUCGGACCAGCUCAGUCGUUCCUUGUCUAUCAUCGCUGAAGCGGAACGACGAGCGCUGGACGCCAAGCAGGAAUUUGACCAGGUGUCGAGACUGGUGAAAUCUGAAGUAGCUCGGUUUGAGCAGGAGCGCAUCGAAGACUUCAAGAACUCGCUGGAGGCGUUCUUAGAUGGGAUGAUAUCCAGGCAAAAAGAGCUGAUUGCAACAUGGGAGAGUUAUCAGCAGAGACUGCUCAUGGUAGCUGCGCCACAGAAUCCGCGACCAGCGGUCGACUCGAGUGCCACAUCUACCGUCUCAUCGUAG